AUGUGUAUCAAACCAGAAAGAAAUAUAACUCUCCUUUUUUAUACAGUCGAAAUCCAGCAUAUCGAUACUCUGCUCCACCUAGCAACAGUAGCAACAGCAACAACAGCAACAACCAAUUCAAUCAGUUUGAACCAGUAUCACAAGGUUCCUGCUCUGCUGCCACAUGUAGCCAAUCUACUGCCUCACCAAAGAGUUGCUCAAUCUUUCUUAAUACCGGAUAACUUGAAUGAGCAAUUGAUUAAGCGACAAGAAGCUGCUAUUCAGACCAAAUCAGGCAAAGAGUCUGGGUUGCCCGAUGAGGUGCACGUUUAUCAUUCAUUGUAUCCUUUAGAGGAAAAGGCAGGUAAAUUCUUUGGACAUCCUUCAUGGCUGUAUAAAGCCAUCUGUCGCACCAAUGGAAAGCCCUAUGUCAUGGUCAGAAUAGAAGGAUUUCGAUUGGUAAAUGAACAUGCAAUGACGAUGGUAAAGGAAUGGAAGAAGAUAAAACAUGCCAACAUUAUUUCAAUCAAGGAAGCAUUCACGACGCGUGCAUUUGGUGAUUCAUCAUUGAUAUUUAUCUAUGACUAUCAUCCAUGUUCUAUUACCUUGUUCGAGGCAUAUUUUACACCUCAAGCUCAGGCCUUACUUCAUGCUAGACUUCAAGCAACAGGUGGAACUGCCUUGCCUGUGCCCGAAACAACACUCUGGAGUUUUAUUACGCAGAUUGCUUCGGCAUUAAAGACUAUUCAUGCAGCAGGGCUUUCGGCCAGGACAAUAGAUAUUGGUAAAGUCAUCAUGACAAGUAAAAAUAGACUAAGACUGAGUUGUUGUGGUAUACUCGAUGUACUGCAAUAUGAAACUGCUUCACAAAAGGCACCCUAUUAUCAGCAAGAAGAUCUCUUGACGUUUGGUAAAUUAAUUGUCUCGCUUGCUUGCAAUUCGCUUCAGUCCUUUUUGAACUUACCUCAGUCCUUUGAGUAUAUUUCUACCUUUUACUCGGCCGAUUUAAAAAACGUUGUGUUUUAUUUGUUAAGCAAGCCAUCUCCUUUGAAAACAAUAGAUGAAGUCAUUCGCAUGAUUGGGCCUCGUCUACUGCAUGAAGUGAAUAGUACCCAAUAUUAUACGGAUACUUUAGAAUCCAACUUGGGAUUUGAAUUAGAAAACAGCAGACUUGUGCGAUUAUUAUCAAAGUUUGGAUUUAUUAACGAACGACCAGAAUUUAGUGAUGACCCAAGAUGGUCAGAAACAGGCGAUAGAUAUGUGAUUAAGUUAUUUAGAGAAUAUCUCUUUCAUCAGGUAAAUGAAGUGGGCGUACCUGUCAUAGAUAUGGCACAUGUUAUUUCAUGUUUAAACAAGUUGGACGCGGGUGUUGACGAAAAGAUUCUACUUACUUCUAGAGAUGAUGAAACAUCGAUCAUUGUGAGUUAUAAAGAAAUCAAAGAUUGUAUAAAUUCUGCCUUCAAUGAUCUUUAUUCUUCUUUCCACACAAACAAUAAUAAAACAAAGUAA